CGUGCAGCCUUUUAUUUUGAAGGAAACGGAAAUGGGCGUUUCGUCCUGUUGGAUAUUUAGAGAGCGCUCUGUUAGCUUCGUGGCUAGGUCGGUUGUUAGUCGGUUGUUUUCUUGAAAGCGGUCCGGGGUUCCUCCUUGUCGGCGCUGAACUCCGCCACUGCCCAGUUGUCCAUCGCCUUGCCACGCCCAGCGGCCCAUAAAAUACAGAUGGACCACCAGGACCAAUCCUAUAUGUUUGCAAGCCUCACACGACCUCACUCGGAGCAGCUGCUGCAAGGCCUCCAGCUCUUGCGGCAGGACCAUGAACUGUGUGACAUUGUCCUACGUGUGGGCGAUGCCAAGAUCCAUGCCCACAAAGUAGUGCUGGCCAGUAUAAGUCCUUACUUCAAGGCCAUGUUUACAGGUAAUCUGUCUGAAAAGGAGACCUCUGAGGUGGAAUUCCAGUGCAUCGACGAGGCUGCUUUGCAGGCCAUUGUGGAGUAUGCUUACACCGGCACGGUGUUCAUCUCCCAGGAAACGGUGGAAUCACUACUACCUGCUGCAAAUUUGCUGCAGGUGAAGCUCGUUUUAAAGGAGUGCUGCUCCUUUUUGGAAAGUCAGCUGGAUGCUGGGAACUGUAUAGGCAUUUCUCGCUUUGCAGAGACGUAUGGCUGUCACGACUUGUGCCUGGCCGCGACCAAGUUUAUAUGUGAAAACUUUGAGGAGGUUUGUCAGACAGAGGAAUUCUUCGAACUGACGAGAGCCGAGCUGGACGAGAUCGUGUCUAAUGACUGUCUUAAAGUGGUCACAGAGGAGACUGUUUUCUACGCCCUGGAAUCAUGGAUAAAAUACGACAUCACUGAAAGACAGCAGCACCUUUCUCAGUUGCUCCACUGCGUUCGCCUUCCACUUCUUAGCGUCAAAUUCCUCACUCGACUGUAUGAGGCAAACCACCUCAUACGCGAUGACCACGCAUGCAAGCAUCUUCUGAACGAGGCCCUGAAAUACCACUUUAUGCCUGAACACCGACUGUCCUAUCAGACCGUGUUGUCGGCUCGACCCAGGUGUGCCCCGAAAGUGCUGCUAGCGAUAGGAGGGAAAGCUGGACUGUUUGCCACCCUGGAAAGCAUGGAAAUGUAUUUCCCCCAGACGGAUUCAUGGAUUGGACUGGCUCCUCUUAGUGUUCCCCGAUACGAGUUUGGAGUGGCAGUUCUGGACCACAAAGUGUACGUGGUGGGAGGCAUUGCCACACACAUGCGUCAGGGAAUUAGCUUCAGGAGACACGAGAGCACAGUGGAAAGCUGGGACCCCGAGACAAACACUUGGUCCUCGGUGGAGCGUAUGGCGGAGUGUCGCAGUACCCUCGGGGUGGUGGUUCUGGCCGGAGAACUCUACGCCCUGGGGGGAUAUGAUGGCCAGUAUUACCUUCAGUCGGUGGAGAAAUACGUCCCAAAGCUGAAGGAGUGGCAACCUGUGGCACCCAUGACAAAGUCCCGCAGCUGCUUUGCCACAGCUGUGUUGGAUGGCAUGAUCUACGCGAUUGGAGGUUACGGCCCUGCACACAUGAACAGCGUGGAGCGCUAUGACCCCAGCAAGGAUGCCUGGGAAAUGGUAGCCCCCAUGGCAGACAAGAGGAUCAACUUUGGAGUGGGGGUGAUGCUUGGCUUCAUAUUUGUGGUUGGCGGACACAAUGGAGUGUCCCACCUGUCCAGCAUUGAGAGGUACGAUCCUCACCAGAACCAGUGGACAGCUUGCAGACCAAUGAAUGAACCUCGCACCGGUGUGGGCUCAGCCAUUGUGGACAACUUCCUGUAUGUAGUAGGAGGCCACUCCGGGUCGUCCUACCUGAACACUGUCCAACGUUACGAUCCCAUCUCCGACAGUUGGUUGGACUCGAGUGGCAUGAUGUACUGCCGCUGUAACUUUGGUCUGACCGCCCUUUGACCCACAGAGAUGCCAGCUAGGACUCGCUGAAGCUACUUGGACACAGUUACCUUGCCCUCGUCGUCUUCUCCUGUUUUCCCGCAUUAAUCCUCCAGGUGCAGAUGAGUGGAGCUGCACGCGAAGGAGAACAUGCCGUUACUUUCCGGAUGGAUGAAUGUGCAGGGGACCACAGUCACUGCUUCAGAGAUGACCAAAGGCACGAAGUCAAGAGCAGACGUUUGGGUGGGGAGCGGCCAACGUAGAGAUGACCGCUCUUCUGCAGUCGAGUCGCGUCCCAGGGACUUGUGGGAUUGUUCACGAAGUUUCUGUUGGCAGACACUUUAGUUGUCCGUCGUGUCGCGAACAUCAGAGACGUCAAAUGUCUCUGGUUUUUCUGCUGCAACCAGAACAGUUUGUUCAAAGUUUUUUGACAAACAGUUUGCUUGUGCAUUAGUAGGAGUCUGCAGUUGUUGGCCAUGCAGCGUGUUUGCUCAACAGGUACAUGCAUGUCAGAUAGGACUGUUUACUUUGUGACACAUUUGUGUGCAGAACUGAGGCUCAGAUUGAGAAGUUUCUGCAUCCAAAUGACUGCUUCACCCAAAAAAGAAGCAAUGUUUAAAGUCUUUAUAUUUUUCUCAAAAAAAAAGGGCUGCCUUUUCUUUUUAUGUGUAUAUAAUAUAAAUGAAGUAUAUAGAAAAUAAUAUAUCCUUUAGUGCAUUGCCUGUGUGUUUUUUUUUUUUUUGCACUGAGUCAUCAAGGUGUGCUCCAAUGUGUGUAGUUUGAUUCCCAGAGUCACUUUAGUUGUGAGAUGCCACUCGUCGUGGCAAUGUUCAGAAAUUCUGUCUCCUGUCGCAUCGGUCCAGUGUCGGUUACACUAAGUGGUGCUAUAUUUAGAAUUCAGGAUUCAGCUAUUUGCAUUGCUUCACAUUUUUACUUCUGUUUGGCUGCUGCUACGUUAGACGUCCUUAAUGCACAAAAACUACAAGGCUCCAGACAAUGCAAUAAAAUAGUCUGUUGAAAGGGAAACUGUUCUUAAGUCAGCGAUAUGUUUUACUUUUUUUUUAAUAUCCUUUUUUAUUUUCAUUUAUAUACUUUUACUAAGCAUUUGACUUCCCAAUUGGAGAAACAGAGUUUUGUGCCCUAAUGUGGCAGUCUUGCUUUUCUGUGGUAACUGAUCACAGCUUUGUGUUAAGUGCCAAACUUUUUUUUUUUUUGAUAUACUUUUAAAGCAUUAAAACUGAACAGGAUCUUCAUGUGCCACAUUUAAAACGGCUUCUUUUCAUUCUCAAAGCGAACUUCUUAGCAUUUCUCGUUUCCGUGUGCUGGUGUGGAUGCAGAAGCACUGUGCGAGCCAACUUGCCGCCGUCACGACUCCUGUGUGUUUUGGACAUUAGUCUCGGUGACUGGAAGCUCAUUGAGGGUGUUGCUGUGCAGACUGUUGCUCCACUUGGUGACACAAAAAUGCACAGCUGUAGCAGAAAGCCUGAACAGAAGGCGGCGUGUGCGUUGCUCAGUCUCUGUGUUGCUUCGUCCACCAGGGUUUGCACAAAGGUGGAACCUUUAAGCUGGCUCUGGGUUGCACUUACUCUUUGAUACACAUUGUAAUUUGUUUGUACGUUGGAAGCUAAUGGCAUUUAGAUGAUGCAAUAAUACUUGUGUUCUCCAUGUUUGUGUCUUUCAAGGCCAAGGCGUCUCAUUAUUGCUGUUACACAACUCGAUGUGGCAUGUUGGCUAAUAAUGUGGACAUGUGACUCCAAAUGGUACCACUUUUUUUUGUGUGUGCUGCAUGUCAGUCCCUCUUUACGUGGCAUGUUGUCUUUGAUUUGUUUUUUUUUGCAUACUUUAAAAUUGUAGCUACCACCAUAAACUUUGUAAACAUGCCCCCCCCCUUUCCAUCCCUGUUUUAAAUCACGAAAAGCUGCGUUUGCCUCUAGCUAAAGUCAGCUUGUUGAUCACUAUUUUUCUGUAGGAUCUGUUUUAAUCAGAUCAAAAGAAACGAUCCUUCAAAUGUCAUUUUGUGUUAAAAUCCCAUUUUGUCCAAAGUUGUUUUUUUCAGCACUGAUCACGCAGGCGUAAUGAUGUGCUGGCGUUCAUGUACCAUGUUGUGACAAAGUACAAUUUCAGCAAAAGAGAAUCUGCAAAAGAAUAAGUUUAUUUUUAAUUAUUUGUUGUCACCGCCACUCUCACCAAAGUGCUUGUAUACAAAAACCUGGUAUGCAAUGAGCCGCCCGUUUACGUUCCAAUUGGGGUGAACUCCCUUGAUCCUCCGCUACUUUUUGCAUUUCUCCAUUGUGUGUCUGGAAUGAGGUUGGCCUUUUCUUUCCUGUGGAAAAAUGCUGGAAGUAUGUACAAACAUUCUAAAGAUGUAGCCGAUCACAUUUGAGGACAUUUUCCAUACAUCUCAGCCAGUUUUUGUGGUGCAGUUGUACCCAGUUUAAAAAAAUAAAAUAAAUGCUUGCCUUAAGGUA